GGCGCCAGCGUGGAAAGGAUACGGUUGGCUUUAUUGUUUAUUACUCUGUAACUCUCUGACACGACUACUAUAUUGUUCUCAUUCGUUUCUCUUCGUCGUGUGUGCGUUCCAUCCGCGGCCCAUACAGUUGAAUAAAUGACGUUAUUCAAUAUUAGCUAACGGAGGAAAAUUUAUUUAUAAUUCAUUGUUCAGUGCAAAAAUGGAUUUCUUACAAGUGAACUUCGUUUCGAGAUCUUUCUUAAUUGCUUUUAUAUUUGUGACCUGUUUGAUGUACCGGAGUAAUGCAUGGAAUACAGAAUACGUCGUAGACGGUGGCAAUGGCUACUCCAGCCAUCUCAAACCGCAUAUUAUGACGUUGGAUCACAGCCGAUAUCGGCGCGACGUGUCCACGCAACCCGCGGUCUCUUACGCCGCGCCGGCCGCUGCUCAGCCCACGGGGACACCAGUGCCCGGCAGCACUACUGUACAAGAUCAUCUCCCACCAACGGAGCUGUCAGGAGCGCCGCCAGCGAUCAUCGUGAACGAUGACAGCAACAGAACGAUCAAUAACACUACAAAACUGACGACCGCUGGUGCUGUGGUGACCCAGACUCCACUCCUGGGGGUCAAUGGCUCCGGCAUCCGUCACGACGUCAUGGAGAAGACGACUACUGUCAGCGAACCCAUCGUGCCGGAUGAUGGUCUAAACGUUACGGAGAUACUCGAGGAGACGCCGGAGAUGAUAAAGUCUGAACACAACCUAACGAGCUUGACUUAUGACAACCAUGCGUUCUACAACAGCUCGUUCAUCGGCAACGUGACUUACUUCAAUGAGCACUGGGCGAACAUCACAAAGCCGCCAGCCGACGCGCACGCCGUACUUAGCAAUUCGCACCGUAGAGCGACCACGGUUCUUCUCAAGUUUCCGUUUCCGUUCUACGGACAAAUUAUCAACAACAUCACAGUGGCAACUGGCGGCUUCAUGUACACUGGCGAACACGUGCACAGCUGGCUCGCGGCGACACAGUAUAUAGCGCCACUCAUGGCCAACUUCGACACCACACUCACAAAUGACAGCGUCAUCAAGAUGAGCGAUGAUGGCGAGAAGUUCACGGCAUUUUGGGAAAACGUGUCGCUACAAGAGAACGCAUCGUUGAAAUUCACGUUCGCGGCGACACUGUAUAAGAACGGCGACAUAGUGUUCGCUUACAAGAACAUACCGCUUACGGUGCAGCAGAUCAACGAGACCAUGCACCCAGUCAAAGUGGGCAUUAGCGACGCGUACAUCACUGACAAAAUUGUAUUCUACGUCCGCCGCAAGACCAUUUAUGAGUAUCACCGAGCCAAUUUCAAGAACUACCUGAUCACAAACAACACGAUCCUGAGGCUGACGGCCCUGCCCACCUGCAUGCAGUACAACAACUGUCAAGAUUGCAUCAACCACGACACUGCGUUCAAUUGUUCGUGGUGUUCACAAGUGCAGAAAUGUUCCAGUGGCACUGAUAAAAACAAACAGGAUUGGACCAUAAGACAUUGUGACAAGUUGGCCGUAACAAAUAUAGCAUCGUGCCCGGCGCCACCCGCACCGGGCGCCUCCGGCGACAGUACAGCGUACGUCACGGGCUCAACAGAUGCGGUCAUCCAUAUCGACUACCAGCCCACAUCGAUCAAUAUGUAUCCAAGUAGAACGCUGUGGAGAAGCAAGAAUGAGCCGCUGCAAGAGACCGGGUCGCCGGUCGGCGGCGUGGUGGCGGCUUUGUUGACAGUAGCGUUACUGUGCGCCCUCGCCGCAUGGACCAUCUAUGCGUUCAAGAAUCCGCACACGCGCAGCGGACAACUUCUCAUUAAGUACCGACCGUCGCAAUGGAGUUGGCGACGUGGCGAAGCGCGCUACACAGCAGCCACCAUCCACAUGUAACAGGCGUCUGCCGUUACCACGCAGUCUGCCGUCACCAUCACCGCACUUCGCCACCGAUCGCCUUCUACUUUACCGUCGUGCUUAAAGUUUUCAUAUUGUUGGUAAUAUCCUGAAUUUUCCCUUAUUACUGGCUUAUACAUACCCCCUCUCUUAAAAAUAAUCUCUUCACUAUCCGUUCACGUUAUAUUUAGGCAACGGGAGUCUUCUUCUAUAUAUAUAUAUAUAUAUAUAUAUAUAUAUAUAUAUAUAUAUAUAUAUAUAUAUACAGUUACCACGCUGACUACGUGAAAUGAUACAGGGUUUCGAGUGUUUUUUUUUUCUGUUGCACACGUCUAUUGUACUUUGUUCCUGUUGCCAUCUCUUAUGACUACUCGGGAAUGAAAGGGAGAGGUGACACAUUGUAUACUAACUCGGUCACCAUAGAGAUAAAAAUCUAAUUACUCUGUACUCAACUAAAUUGACGUUUAGUGUCAAACGUCAAACCCGAUUUUACUAAUUCUACGAUCGAAGAGUGGAGGUUUUUUUUUUUGCGAGGGGAGAUGUACUGUUCCGUUUCUCAGUUAUCGUAUGCAAUGGAUUUUUAAUAUUUAAUAUUUUGUUGGUGAAUCAAAUAUGAUUUGGAUUAUUAUAAAUGUAUUAUUGUUUAUUACUUUUUAUUUUCCAUACAAUAAAUAGGUAAAUAAUUCGCUAAAUAGCUAUAAAUAUUUUAUGAUAUUAUACACAUUUAUAUUUUGGAACAUUUAUGUAAAAACAUACGUAAAGAAUAUACAAAAUGGUAAUGAUUACUCACUCAUAUCUUAUUAUAAAUUUAAUAAUCAAUUUAAAAUGAAAUGAGAGAAUUAACAUAUAAUCGACCUAUUGGUACGAAGUAU